AUGGCAGAUUUCGAAUUCAUAGAUGAUAACGCAUCAACGCCCGCACUUCCUAUCACGAGUGUAUGCAUUGUUGCGGAUAAAAAUAAGGCUCCCAAAGGAUUUGUGCCGAUUGUAAAAUGUAGAGACGAUCAAUCGGAAGCUGAUUUAUGGAGGGACAGCUUUUUCACCAUGAGCCGUCAAGUGAGAUAUAUUUGCGUCAGUACAGAAAUACCAGAAUCCACAAUUAAGGCUCCAAUUCAUGUUGUUACCAACAUGAUUAUUGUUCGAGAAAAUGAUCCUAUUCCUCAUGGAUAUGUUGCAAUUGAUUACACCGCGGAUAGCCGCGAAAAAUCUCUUCGUAAAAAAUAUAUUUGCAUUCGAACUGAACCAAGAGACCGUGUAGUUGACGCUAUUGGUGAAAUUGUGAUUUUUGCUAAAAACAAAAAAGUGCCGAGAAAUUACACUUCUGCUGGAGAAGUUGAUCAACUUUUAAUAUGCUUUCGAGUAAUUACCAUUCCGCAGACGUAUGGAAUUCCAAGAUCAAAUAGUUCGAGUAAUUUGGAAACCCCGAAAACUGGUCUUUAUCCUGGUCUUUCGCCUCAACCACAGUCUACUCCAAAUCUUGAUGGAACUGGAAACACUUCUAAUAAUGCUUUUACAAUGAGGAAUUCGGGUAUGCCGAGGAUAAAGGCUAUAGAUGGCAUUGAAUUCAAAGUCAAUCCUCGAUUUGUAAAUUCUGAGACGAAGUCCAACGAGCUUCCUGAUCUUUCAAACUACGUCGACAUUUCGCGUAUUACUUCUGACGAAUUCGAUUAUAAUUUCGCCACAGAGCGCGCGAUUCUUUCAUAA